CUAUUCCAAAAUCGCUUGCGAUUACAAAACUUAGUCGAAUUACUCGCCGAAUUUCCUAAGAAAAGCGGAAAGAAAAAAAAUUCGCUCAUGUGGUAAAAAGGGAAAAUCAAAUUUGUUUCAAGCACGAGGUGUGCCUCAGGAAUUAAAACCCGUAUAAAGCCUUGAUUGUCAGACGGGUCGCCACCAACUCAGUUAUGGGUUUUCGUUUUGUACUAUUAAUUAUAUCAUUAGUAACUUUAUCAAGAGCGAAAGACCUACGGCCGUCGGCGUCUCAGGCUGUUGACCGUCGAAGCGCUCCUGAUGCUCUUCUCGGGGAGAUCUUUAACGAUCCAAGUGCGACGAGUUUAACAAAACUCAACCUUGAAGAUAGUGACAAUGACAAUGACGACUUUUCAGGUUCGGGUUCGGAACUGUGGUCGGGUUCGGGUGAGUUGCCGAAGCCUUCCGAAGACACAACCACACAGAAUCAAACAGACAGCCAACAUGAGCAAGCGACUGAGACUCUGUCGCAAACACUCGCGACUUCUGAUACGACGGGCACCGAAAAGUCUAACAACUCUAAUGACACCACUGACAUGAAAGACAAUAACAACAGUACAGACCCAUCAGCUGCUACUUCUGACAAUUCUGACGAUACUAACACAGUGAAUCCUUCUACCGCAGCACAAACUGCUCAUCAACAAAGUUCGACGGACGCGUCCUUGACGUCACCGAAUGUGACGUCACAGGGUGCAGACGCAAAGUUACCCUCUACUGAGGAUCAGAGUCAAAAUACAGUAGUCCAGACAGAGGAAAAUGACAAAACAUCCAAUGACAAGUCGAACGCUGAAUUUUUGCCAGCACAAACUCAAAAUACUUUGGAAACAGUUCCUGAUAACUCACCUGCUGCCCUGGUUGGGCAACAGUCGCCUGGCUUCGAUGAUAAUUCGUUAUAUGACCCUACGAUAGUGAAGAAAACCGAUGUUCCCGUUGGUCCGGAUAUGUUUUCUAAUCCUUUAGUUAACAAUACAGCAGACAUUCAAGGAGCAUUACGGUCGGCCAUCUCUCAAGCUCCUGUGCCUGCUCUCCAGGCUCCAGCCGUUCGAAAGUCGGCAGUGCCGUACAGAGGUUCGUUUCCACUUCAGCUUCACAAGUAUUCACCGUAUUCAAAGCUGAUGAAGAAGAACAUGAUUGAGAAGGCAAAAGCAGGCUCAAACCUAGACGCUGGAAAGAAGUCAGUGAUAACCGGCCUUACCGACGCCGGUGGUCUGCGUCCUUUGUCAGUAAACCUUCCUCAGGCGCCGCAGCAGCAACAAGAUGCAACAAACACUCAGGGUUAUCCUCAGCCUCAGGCGCAGGCUCCUGCAAUGGAUGUUAAUCCAGCGCAAAUGACGUUUGGAGACCAACCACAAGCCCCUCUAGCAGCACAGCCUUUUGCCCCAGUUCCUACUGAAUCUCAAACAUUGGCAAACCAGGCCCCAGCUGAAGUUCAGCUUCAGAACCCCCAGCAGGCACUCGACCAGGCUCAAGGAGGUGUUCCCCAAGCUCCGGAGCAAGCCUUUGCCCCUCAGGUGGCAGAUCCGUCUAAUAUGCAAAUGCAAAGUCCAGAAAACGUUGCUGCUGCCUUUCCAAUGAAUGCCACAAUGCCCGACACAAUGGUAGGUGCCCUACCUCAGCAAACUCCUGGAAUUCCCGCCCAGGGUGUCCAGGCUGUACCAGUAUACCAGGGACUUCAACCCAAGAAACCAGUGAUAGAAGAAGAAGACUGUGAUGAUCAGUUUGAUACUUGUCCUGAGAUGGCUAAAAAUGAUUACUGCACAAAGUACCCAGACCUAAUGAAGAUUCAGUGCAAAAAGUCUUGUCAUUUCUGUGAGAUCAAGCACAGCAGUGACGGGUCUGGUUCGGGAUACGACGAAUACGAUUCAGGGUCAGCAAGUUUAUAUUAUGCUGAUGAAGUCGAUUCCGGCUCCGGCUCGAGCGACUGGGAUGACGAUAGCGACGAUGAUGAAGAUCCAGGAUAUAAAAAGUCGGGGAUUCCUGCACCAAUCCACAAGGUAUUGAUGGCAAAAUUUGCAGCAGACUCUGGCUCUGCCUCGGGCGCGUCCGGAAUGGGCGAGUCUUCAGUGUCAGAUGACGACUUACAGACCUCUGGUAGCGCUGAGGCCGGGUCAGGCUCCCAGAAGAAAGAUGAGGUCAGUGAGGCCGUAUCUGGAUCUGGUGAAGCACUACCUGUUGCAGUAGCAUCGCCCACUCCCGGGGCAUCUGAAAUUGGCUCAGGUUCUGGAAGUCUAGCCGAAGAUCUUGCGACUGGCACUGUAAGCAGAGCUAAUGAAAAACAUAGCUCGAUUCCACGACCUCCGGUUCAACAAGUUUCAGUCUAUCCAAAGAUUGACCUAAAAGAAAUCGCAAAGGCUGUUAAUACGUAUCGAGGUGUUGCGCUGAAAAUGCUCGGCGAGGCCCUGGAGGGUGCUGCAGAGCAAAAAGAGGAAGAGCUAUCUAAGAAAUCUCACAUUCCACUUCCACCUGCUACCGACAUCUUGCAGCGGAUGGGUUUUCCGAUAGGGUAUGAUGAAAGCUCCAAGAGGAACAUGGUUCCAAACCCGAUCCAAGAUCCCAAUAUGAUGAUGGCUCCCAAUUAUGGAAUGAUGGGUCUUGGUAACAACGGAUAUGCGUACAAUUUCCCCCAGCAAGUUGGAAACGAGCCUCUGGCAGAUUUUUAUGCCCAGUACCAACAGCAACCAAACUUUGCGAGGUCGGAUGUCAUGGCUUCUCCUGAAGAACAAGAGGAAGAACCACAAAAUGAGGACGAAGGUGCUGCUCAGGCCGAUCAGUCUGAGACCACACAACCAGAAAAUGAGCAGCAGCAGGAGAAUACCACUGAGGCGGAGAAACAGGAUAAGCCCGAAACGCCGAAAAAUAACACCGAUGAAAAGGAUAAAAAAGAUGAGAUUGUAGAUCCUUUUGAAUACGUACGAAAUAUGGGCAAAGGAGCAUCUAUGGAGCCUAUUCGUUCUAAGGCUGCCUCUGGUUUGAUUUCCGCAUCUCAUUCAGAUCCUCUCAUCUUAUGGAAAAGUUCUCAAAUCGAAAAGCUCGCCGCUAUAGCGAAAAAGAAGAGCGAAAUACCACAGCCAGGAAGUCAAACUUUGAUGCCUGCAGGCAGUGACUCGCAGUUUGAGCAAGAAGUCCUCCAGUCUCCUGAGCAGCAGUUCAGAUCGGACAUUCCUGAACAAAAUAUGACAAUGGCUGGUCUACCAGACAUGUCAGGGCAAACCGCUUCAGCCUUCCCACAAUACAUGCGUCAGAGUGAAGCUUUGACACAAAGUCCCACGGACGAGCUUGCAGCAAGAAGUCAGAUCCUUCAAAACCAGCCCCUACCGUCACUUGAACAACCACAACAACAACAAGGUUUGCUUGCACGUCUCAUGCCACAGCAAGCCAACACUUCUUCCGCUGAUUUUAAAAACUCCAUCCCGCAAGGCCGUUCGGGAAAUCGUCUAGGGGUGGCGGUUUCUCAUCAUGCACCCGUCCCAGGUUCUUUUCCAUUGACUCUUCGCAAGAUGGUUCCAGGCAUGGUUCAGAAGAAGGACGAACUGUAUAAACAGGUGCAAGAAGAAAUCAACAAGAACAGUAUUCCCUCAGCUGGUGCUGUGGACAUGUUCGCCAGUCAGGUAGCCAAUAACCCCGCAGUUCCACAACUAGCACAGAUGUCUCAAGGAGUGUCGCGCUCUGACCUAUUGCCAGAGGCCAACAGUCAGAGUGCUCCAACUAAUGAGCCACUCCCUGAACCAGCACAGGUCACGGUGACUCCAGGUGGAUCCCGCUCGGAUCUGUCACCAGCCAACAGCUUACCAACUGACGACAACAAUGAAAAAUCUGUGGACAGCACUGAAAAUGCAGCAGCUUCCAUCAACGAGGCUUUCACAGGUCCCUCCAUAUUAAAUCAAGAUCAGCAUUCAGCAGAUCCUCUUUUUGGAUCCCUCAAUUCAAAAAUUACCACGUCUUCGGAUAAUCCCGAUGAAACCCCAAGCGAUGAUCCAAUGGAUAAGUUCUUCAAUCCAGAAGUACAAAUUUCGGGGAAAAUCCCCGAAUCUGAAAAUACAGACGAUGGGAUUGCUGAUCCAGGGGCCUCUAGAGAUCAAGUUUCCAAAACGACCGACAUUUCUCCAGGUGCGGAGAAAGGAACUACCAAAGGGAAGAUUUCUGCUCCAAGCUCUGGAAACUUACCCCCAUUGAGCCAUGGAAAUGGAGUGGCACCCGCCUUACCUCCCCUCAAUCAUAACGUGGAAACAGCUUCAAGCCUACCCCCACUGAACCAUGCAGAAGAACACGCCGCGAGUUUACCACCCCUUUUGCACGGUGUUGAACAAGCAGGCAACCUCCCACCACUCAAUCACGGGAAUGACGCUUUACAGAGUUUUAGCAGUCUGCCACCAUUGAAUCGUGGCAAUGAUGAGGCAGCCGUAUUGCCACCUUUGAUGCAUGGCAUAGAGCAGGCUAAACACACUCCAAGUGCUAGUUUCGAAAAGCAGUCUUCACAAACUGUUGACGCUUUAUCUGCCUUCACAUCGCAGGUUGAAAACGCUGCACCUACGAGUGACAAUGGUGAAAUGAUACAGAGCUACGUUGGUAAACCUCCCCAGUCUCCCCCUCUAGAGCAUGCAUACCCUUUGAGUCAUGAGAAUGAGGCUCUUCUCCCGCCAUUAAAUCAUCCACAACUACCGCCACUCAACCACAACGACCUGGUAUCAACGGAGACCUCCAGUUAUACUGGAAGUGACGUUAAUUCAUUUUCAAGCCCAGGUCAAGGAAGGUCCAGCCCGGCACCGCCGAUAUAUCCAUUCACCAUACCCCCUGAGGGAGGACAAGGAAACCAUGGUUACCAUGGCAGCCAAGAAACCGAAAAUAACCAAGACGCGUUGAAGACUUCUUCCCAGGCUUCUGCUCGUGGGUCACUGCCGUCUCAGUCUCCUUAUUAUCCAUUUAGCCAAGCAAACACCAACCCACAGCCAGCGGUCGGUCGUCAAUGGUUUCCAGAAGGGGGAAAGCCUUAUCCAAUACCAUUGCCACCUGAAGGAAGUCAAAACGAUCUAUCAAACACAGGAAACGCUCAAAGAAUGUUUGACAACCAGUUGUUUGGCGAACCAAGUCAGUUUGUUUCCCCUCAGCUGUCAGCAGCAUGGAAGAAAGACAAUGAUGGGAAAGACAGUAAACCCCGCAAACCUUGUGAAGGAGACGAGUUUUGUCCUUAUCCGUUCUACCCAGUUCCACUGCCACCAGAGGGACAACAAAGUGACCAAGCUCACCAAGCAAACUCAAACUCGAACGCAAACCCAAGUUCAAAUGGUAAUAUCGGAAAAAAGAAUUUAAUUCGACCAAAGCCAGAUCUUCAAUGUGGCGCUGGUUGGAUCGGAGCUCUCGGUGAUUUUGGUUCAUUUUGUUACAAAGAGAUCUUCGAACGUAAAUCAUGGGACAACGCACAUCAGACGUGCAAGGGCUUUGGCGGAGAGCUUUUCAGCGUGACCAACGCCUAUGAACAACGUUUCAUUGAAAACUUUACAAACAUUGAAUCUUGGUUAGGAUACCGGGACAAAUCCAGAGACGGCACAUGGACUUGGAGUGAUUCAAGUUUGUCUGUUUUCACGAACUGGGAUAGUAGCGCUAAGGACGACCAUGGCAAAGGCAGAGACUGUGUACUGUUAAGUUCUAAAGAAGGGAAAUGGAAAGAUGCAUCGUGCUCACAGACGCAUGAGUACCUCUGUAAGAAGAAACCAGAAGAUUGUGGCAAGGGCUGGAAGAAGCUGACCUUAAACUCAGUUCGAGGAUGCUACAAACUUUUCAAAGAACCUAAAACAUGGGAAAAUGCGCUAGUAUCAUGUAUGGACGAACAGGCGUCGUUAGCAAGUAUACUGAGUGAUGACGAGGAGACUAUGAUAUCACAGGUGUAUUUGAAAUCAGACUUUUGGAUUGGCUACAAUGACAUUGAUAACGAGGGAGACUGGGUGUGGACUGACCGUAUGACGUCCUCGUACACCAACUGGGACGAGAAGUCACCCAACAAUGGAGGGGUGUCAUGCGCAAUAGUGACAAGCACUGGAAAAUGGCACGACGAGCCAUGUCAGAGCCAGUUUAGUUUUAUUUGUAAAAAACCAAGUCCUAAGGGCCCACAUCAUCCACUUAAUGACGCAACUUUGACUCAAGAGGUUGAGAAAUUUGUCUCCAACAAGUCAUUACUGAAUCCUGACAUUGACACAAGCGUGACGAUAUUUGGAAGCCAUUCCGUGACUCCUCAGUAUUUGUGGACUGUACAAAAGAUAUCCAACAGCCGUAUUCACGGAUCUAACCGCAUUGCCUCGCAUGGUAAUGUUAAAUCAGUGGACGGUGGUCUUCAGCUCAAUGGAGUGGACUCAUGGCUGGAUGCAGGGGAUUUUUAUGGACAGUGUUUGGGUGAUCCUGAUCUCUGUAUCAAGGGCUUCUCCUAUGCGUUACAGCUCAAUUUCGACGACGACGCUUUGUCUUACAACGACAAACGAUAUGUUUUAGACUCCAGCGGCAACUCGCGCGGCGUGUCAAUCUACAUUCAAAAUGGCUCACUAUAUUACCAGGUUGUGACGUCAACCAAAGAAUGGCAGCUGUCAAUGGAGCUUGUCACCAAUGAGUGGCAGGAUAUAGUGUUGACUUGGAAGAAAGAAGAAGGGCUGAUGCUGUAUGUCAACGGAGCGUUCAGGGACUCCCUGAAGGACGGAACAGAAACCAGCCUGAUACCAAAUAAACAGGCUCGACUUACUAUUGGUAGAAAGAGUGGAAACCCACCCUUCAAGUACACUAGGAUGUAUAUAAGCUCACUUUACGCAUUUACACGUUUCCUUGCGCCUGAAGAUGUUCCCUAUGUCUUUACUUUUGAUAAUACAGUUGUCCCACGGUACAUGUGGCUGCUGCCAAAGCUUCAAGACAAAAAGAUAACUGGCAGUCCAGAUAUCGAGGUGCAUGGACCAGUCAGAGCUGUGGAUGGAGGAGUGCAUCUUGAUGGGAAAGAAUCCUUCCUUAAAGUUGGAAACUUUGAUAGCAAAUGUCUCCAUGAUCCUUCCAAGUGUCCCAAUGGACUAAGCUUGAGCUGCAAGCUUAAAUUUAACCGGAUCGUUCGCACAUACAAAGAACCCCAUUACAUUCUAGACUCUGGCGGUCACCAAAAAGGUACUAAAGGUCUGUCUGCAUACCUCCUCAACAACAACUUGUACUUCAGUGUUGCCAUGAGCACGGAUGAAGACACUCUGACAUGGACAGUUAGAACCUCUAUCUUUACCGUGAGAUGGCAGCGAGUAGUACUGAGCUGGAGUCUGUCUGACGGCCUGUGGCUUUACACUGACAGUCAGUUCCGAGGCUGGACAAAGACUCCUAAGAGUGUGCCCCGUGACGUGGUGUCCGAGAGUGCCGACUUCAUAGUCGGUCGUAAAAAUGUCGGACCCGAGUACUCCCCUGCAGAGUUCUCAAUUGGCUCCCUUGCUAUCUUCCCAAGGUUCCUUGAGAAGAAAGAUGUCGAAAAAAUAUAUGGUGGAAAGAAAAUGCCAUACCCCGGCCUUAUUCGCGAGGUGUGGAAAGAACUGCCCGGAAAAUCCAUCAACAAGUUGAAAGACGAUCCCUACUACCCUAACGACCCCUCACUUAUUGAGAUUAUUGAAAACUUUGACUCUCCAUUUGACAUUGACAAAGACUACGGUAGCAGGGUGAAAGGAUAUUUCGUGGCACCUGAGACUGGGAACUACACUUUCUACAUGUCUGGAUCACAGAGUGGCGAACUGUGGAUGAGUAGCACAGAGAGCCAGCAGAACUUGUCAAAAAUGGUUUCGCUGGAUCAGGCAACUGGCCACAACCAGUGGAAUAAAUAUGCUGGUCAAAGCUCCAAGUCUGUGAUACUAGAGGCUGGAAAAUAUUACUACAUUGUUGGACUACAGAAAGGCACUGAGUCAACUGACUCGCUCUCCGCCGGAGUGCGUUUGCCCAGCGGUCGAUUCAUGAGACCUAUUACCAAAGAAAUACUUCAAUGGAGAAUGCCUGGUGACCCGUUCGCUGGUGUUAUUCGUGAGGUGUGGCAAGAUAUCCCAGGCUAUAGAAUCAUGGACCUCACUUCUAAUCCAAACUUUCCAAACAACCCCUCGAGCAUUGAGGUGCUGGACAAGUUUGACGCACCACACAACGUCGAUGAUAAUUACGGUUCAAGGAUACGCGGUUUUUUCAAGGCACCAGAAAACGGCUUGUACCGGUUCUUCCUGGCGGCGGACACUACAGGAGAACUGUGGCUGAGUUUCGACGAGUCAGAGAAAAACUUGAAAAAGAUUGUUGCUAUAAAUGGUUGGACAGCACACAACGAAUGGCUCAAAUUUCCAGAGCAAAAGUCUGAACGUAUUCACCUCAAGAAAGGUAAAUACUAUUAUCUGGAGGCGUAUCAGAAGUCUGAUAAGCUGGCUGACUGUGUCUCUGUGGCUGUGGAGCUGCCCAGUGGUCACUUUGAGGGACCAAUCAAAAGAGUGCAUUUGAGUUGGCGAUUACCAGAUGGAAGAACUGGCCCGGGACCAUCAUCGGAAGAAGAAGCUAUACCUAAGCCGGUUGGUUUGUAUCCGCUCAAUAAAGAAUUUGGUUCAAAGGAUGCGGGACCUAACCACGAAAAUGGCGUUCUGAGUAAUGUAGAACUCGCAAGUGGGCCUGAUGGCCAUGACGAUGGAGCGUAUGAGUUCAAAGGCACAGCAGAUUCAUUUGUGGAGAUUCCUAAUGACGGCAAGAUGGAUACACAGAACUCAAUGACAAUCCUGGCAAACAUCUAUCCCACAGGGAGUGGUGGACCCAUCUUGAACUACAAAACGGAUGGUUGGGGAGUUCAUCUGUGGCAGUUUGAAUCCACGGAGCUUUUUGUCAGAUUUGUACACCGUAAUGGAGUUUUCCACAAGCCAAUUGCUUCAAGAGUGUUACUGCUGAACGAAUGGAACCAGGUCGGUGCAACAUACGACAACACUACAGGUGUAGCGCAACUUUGGCAUAAUGGCAAAAUGGUAAAGAGUCGUAACAUUGGUCAGAUUAAACUGGCCACACAGUAUCCUAUCAGAAUUGGGGCCAGAGAUGGCGACGAUAGAAGGUUCGCCGGAAAGAUUUCGUGUUUACAGAUUUACGACAAAGCUUUGGACGAACAACAGAUUGGAAACCUCAAGAGUUGUCCUGUGAAAGCGAAUCCUUUAGGAGAUGACGCGUUGGAAUCUGGUGACGGGUCAGGUUCAGGAGACUGGGACGAGCAUGACUUUGAUUCAAGCGCCGUAUCCAUUUCACACAAUGCUGGUAAAUAUGACAAAGACGAAGAGGCUGACGACGAGAUUCAGGGAUCUGAGUCUACGUCAGGAAAUAAAUGCGAUCCGGAGCCAUGUGAAAAUGGCGCCAAGUGCAUCCGGGACAAUAAAAGAAUGGACGGUUACCGAUGCAAAUGCACGUCAGAUUUCACUGGGCGAAACUGUCAGGUUUCCAAACCAGAUGCUGAGAAUCCCAUCGUGAAGAAAGCCAAGAUUCCCAAACCCGAACUCAAGACUGGCACUGAGGAUUAUCAAAAGAAUUCUAGUUCUCUAAAUCUCAUUCUCGAAAAUCUUCCAGACGAAAAGAAAGAAGACGUGCUGUUACUCUUCCAGAAGGUCGGCUGCUUUAAAGAUGAAAAUGUCAAGCAUGAUUUGCCUGACAGAGCUACAGUCAAAUCUGUUACACAAGAGGACUGUGUACGAGCAUGCGCUCUUGAAGAAAAGGGUUACUCUUACUUUGGACUUCAGGACGCUGACAAAUGUUUUUGCGGGCACCGCUAUGGAAAGUACGGCAAAGCAGAUGAUGCUCAGUGUAACAUGCCUUGUAAAGGAAAUGACAAGGAGAACUGCGGUGGCAAUGCCACAAACAUGGUCUACUUCUUUGGUUUAGGUACCAACUACACUGUAACCACGCUAACUGGAGAUGUCGAAGGCGCCGACACAGAUGCUAAGGUGUACAUAACCUUAUAUGGAGAGAAGGGAGACUCCGGAUUUAGGAAACUGGACACUACACAUUUUUCAAGGGGAAAAAAUGAUACAAAUACUCUUGUCUUACCUGAUCUUGGUAAGCUGAGGCAAGUUAGAAUUCUUCACGAUAACUCAGGAACAACUCCCAGCUGGUUUUUGCAAAAGGUAACAGUUAAAGACGAGAAUGGUCGUGUAUACGAGUUUCCUUGCAAGGAAUGGCUGAGUGAAACACAGGGAGGUGGCAAAACAGAACGUCUUCUGAGACUACAGCACUCAUAGUGCCUAUUGUGCAUGCUUCUAAGAUGGAAACUGUGCACUGUUGACAUCGUAAUAACCGACUUACAAACGGGUGCACUGUGACACAAUGGAACUGACAUGCAGAUGGGUGUAAUGAGACAAUGGUACUGACUUACAGACGGGUGCACUGUGACACAAUGGAACUGACAUGCAGAUAGGUGUAAUGAGACACAAUGGUACUGACUUACAGACGGGUGCACUGUGACACAAUGGUACUGACAUGCAGAUGGGUGUAAUAAGACACAAUGUAACUGACAAACACCCUGACUACUGACGAACUAUACAAGAGAACAGUCACAUGUCUCUGUGAUAGACGACUUUACGAAAAUGCCAGGCACUCCUCACCCGUGGAGAUUCAUUCAACAGUGUAUAUAUAAUUCAGUCAUGUACCUGGCACAGCAUUUGGAAAAUUAUCUGAAUUAUCGUACCUCGGUUUUUCUUAGAUCUGCUUUAUUCGUAUUGUUCCUGUUUAGAAAUGUUGGUUUUUUUUAUCAUAACUUGUACGACCUGGCUUUUGGUUAAAGAGCUUUGCAAGUCAGACGAUGUUUGGGGAUAAGUUAUGCCAACCUAAUUUAAUCUCUCGGAACAACAUCGCGUUGAAUCACCGAUACCUUUUUCUUGUGUAAUUAUAGAUCUAAAAAGCAAAAGUAAAACGUAGAGGUGUCAUUUUGCAGACCACUUGACCAUUGGGAUAAACAAAGUCAAGGGACUUCUGGCAAACAGACAAUUUUUCCUUCUUUUAUAUACGACUACCUCGCCGUUACCUACCAAUGGUUAAGGGUUUUAUUGGUUUUUAUCCGGCCUGUAGACAUAUCCCUCUGUACCCUGUAAGCUUUGAAUAGAAGAGGACUCAUCUCCAAAUUGGUUUAAAAACCAAAUUCUUAUAGAGUUUAGUCUUCGAAGAAUUCGCUGUGCACUCUAAACCUAACACCUGAAAUUGCCAAAAAAGAAAAAAAGCGACGUACCAUUAAGGAGUGCCUGUCAUAAACAAAUUAUCCUUGAUAAAAGCAGAGAUAAUUAAGCCAUGCAAUGGGGAAAACAUUCCGCAUGUAUGUUGCUUUCAUAUUGUUAUCCUUCAUCUGAGGGUUAUGGGGAUUUGACGCCCGCGAGUUACGUACCUUUUGAGAAACUUUCGCCCAGACGACAAUCAAAUGAAUUCACUUUAUCACUUAUUUUUACACCCUCGGAAGAAACUAUCAUAGUUUUCCUUUAACUUCCUGGAGGAAAGUCCAAAAAGACAACAUUUGUUCCAGAUAUAUAACAAGGCUUCAGCUAGUUGCGGUGUUGUUUGGCUUUGAUCGCUUACUCCUUAUGUGUUGGAAAGCUAAUUAAGGAGCCAGUUAAUGCCUGCAUCUUGGAAAAAAUGGGCUAGGAACUUAAGCAGGUAGUGAAAGAUUAAGUGGCUCGUUGAGAGCAAUUCUCUGAAUGCCACUGGAGAGAAGAUCUCGGUGGUUGGUUAUCUUAUAAGGAUUGUAAUGGCAUUGUACCACAGUGGUAUGUUCUACAAUUAAUAUGUAAAUAAUGUACAAUAAAAUGACGAUUUAAUUGUG